UACAAUAUCGCCCAUUGCUAUUAUGUUGUGUAAUUAGACUGUGUUUUGCGAUGUUUAAACAUUAAUCUGAUUAUUUCUCGAAACAGUAAAAUAAUGCAUACAGAUUUAUCAGCGCACUUGCAUACACCAGAGUGUAACGAGCUAAUUAAUCUAUUAAAACAGUGUCAUACAGAGAAUAAACUUGCCAAAUUCGUCGGUGUGUGUAACGCAGCUGACCAAAAAGUGUUGAACUGUUUGAAAAAGGAACGCAUCGAAAGAAGUCGCUUAAACCGAGAAAACGCGAAAAAGAAACAACAGCGCACUCAGGAGCGGAUGCGGCAAUUUGAAGCUGAGGAGAAAGUCCAGCAAUAA